AUGGCCAGAGGAGACAGGAAGAAGCACUUUCGUGAGCAUUGAUUGGCUAAAGGGAGAAGUUCCUGGACGCUGAUUGGCUCUGUCCUUCGCGGGAAGGAGUUUGUGGCGCCAGUGAAAAGUAGCUGUACUGCUGCAACCAGCAACAGGGUCUAGGAGAGCCCCCGGGACCCUGUAGAUCGGAGUUACUGGGCCCGUCUCCAGAAGGUCACGACCAAGAUGUGGAAUAGUGGGUUUGAGAGCUUCGGCGGCUCUUCCUACGGUGGCGCCGGCGGCUACACGCAGUCCCCGGGGGGCUUUGGGUCGCCCACCCCUACUCAGGCUGAAAAGAAAACAAGAGCCAGAGCCCAGCACAUUGUACCUUGUACCAUAUCUCAGCUCCUUUCUGCCACUCUGGUUGAUGAAGUAUUCAAAAUUGGCAAUGUUGAGAUUUCACAGGUCACUAUUGUGGGGAUAAUCAGACAUGCAGAAAAGGCACCAACCAACAUUGUUUACAAAAUAGAUGACAUGACAGCUGCACCCAUGGAUGUUCGCCAGUGGGUUGACACAGAUGAUACAAGUGGUGAAAACACUGUAGUUCCUCCAGAAACAUACGUGAAAGUAGCCGGCCAUCUGAGAUCUUUUCAGAACAAAAAAAGUCUAGUGGCCUUUAAAAUCAUGCCCUUGGAGGAUAUGAAUGAGUUCACCACACAUAUUCUGGAAGUGGUCAAUGCACACAUGAUGUUGAACAAAUAUAACAGCCAGCCCUCAGCAGGGAGAGCACCUGUCAGCAAUCCUGGGAUGAGUGAGGCAAUGAAUACCUUUGCUCCAGCAAAUGGCCUUACUGUUCCCCAAAACCAGGUGCUGAAUUUGAUUAAAGCUUGCCCAAGACCUGAAGGCUUGAACUUUCAGGAUCUCAAAGCUCAGCUCAAACACAUGAAUGUAGCUGUGAUCAAACAAGCUGUGGAUUUUCUUAGCAAUGAGGGACACAUCUACUCCACUGUGGAUGAUGAUCAUUUUAAGUCCACAGAUGCAGAAUAA